CUAGGGCUGAGGACGACAAAGCAACUUAGAAGGCCGGAGACAGGAUUCGCACUUCUAUCGAUCGAUAUCUCGUUCUCUUUCCUUUUCUUUCCUUUCCUUCCAUCGUCCCACUUUCGUCCGCACGAAACGAACCGAACCAUCCGCCAUGCGUCUUUCCAGCCUGCUCCUGUCCGCCGGCCUCGGGCUCGUCCACCUCGCCGCCGCAGCCUACGACGUGACCGCCUGCAACUCCUCACCGUCCCUCUGCAACGUAACCUACAACGCCAUCCUGCACGUAGGCGCGCACAACUCUGCCUUCGUACGGACGGCCAAAAACAGUUUCGCGACGGGCGGCAACCAGUUCCACAACGCGAGCAUCCAGCUAUCGGCGGGGAUCCGACUACUGCAGUCGCAGAUCCACCUCGAAAUGAACGAGAUCCGCCUGUGCCACACCACGUGCAGCAUCUUCGACGCCGGAUUGCUCAAGGACUGGUUGAUAGGCAUCAAUGCCUGGAUGCGCCAGCACCAGAACGAAGUCGUCACCCUGCUCCUGGUCAACGAUGGCAAGAUCCCGCCCACCCGCAUCGCGGAGGCGUUCGUCGCCGCGGGUCUGGCGGAUCUGGCGUACGUCCCGGAGACCGGCGCACAGUGGCCUACACUGCAGUCCAUGAUCCUCGAUAAGAAACGGCUGGUAUCCUUCAUUAGCACCUCCGCCGACGUCAAGGCCGUCCCCUACCUCCUCCCGGAGUUUGACUACAUCUUCGAAACUGAUUUUGAAGUCUUCGAUCCGGCGAACUAUACCUGCUAUGCGACGAGACCGUCGGCGUUCAAGGGACAGGCUCUGCUGAAGGACGUACUGGCGACCGACAGGAUGGGGUUCAUGAAUAGGUUCUUGUACAGAACUAUCAGUGAGACCUUGGGUCUUUAUGCGGCGAAUGAUACCUAUUCAGCCACGCUCAAUGGAGACACGGGGGUGGGCAACCUGAAGGACGGCGUAAAGAAGUGUACGAGCGAGUGGGGCCGGAAGGGCGGGUUCGUGCUGCUGGAUUUCGUUGACCAGGGCGACCCAAUGAAAGUAGCAGACGCGCACAACAACGUGACCAAGCCGGUCAACCGCGAGCCGUUCCCGCCAAACCCAAAGACCGUACAGGAGAACCAGAAGCAGGACUAUGCCGGUGGUACUGUAACCCUCCACCGCCUGGUGGAUAGGGUCAAGAAGGGCGAGCCUGUGGUCGCCGGGCAGUGGAUAUUUGCUGCGGGCAAGUGGAUGGGCACGUGGAAGAUGAACGGGAAAUAGUGGAGGCGCAGGCGGGCAUGUG